GCUUCACUCGGAUCUCCGGUCUGUUAUGAGAAUGAAAGUCAGUGUCUCUCGACCGGCCCGCUAGUCGACAGUGGCCGUGUGAGAAGGUUUUCCAAGAUGCUUAAAGAAUCUUUUCUUUGCACAAACGAAUUCAUUCUCUCCCUUUCAACCACAUCGCCAUGUCCGCAAGCCUGAGUCAUGCCGAGAGGUGGUCGCUGCUCCUUACCACUGGAGCAUCGAUCGCUGUGAUAUCAAAAACAUUUAAUGGCGAUGGCGCUCCACUUGUGGCAUCGAUUGCCUUUUCGACUUUGGCAUUUUCGAUGACAUAUGCUUUCAUUCGGUGGUCAGGCCCUUCGUUCGCAAAGGCUGGGUUGAAGGGAAAGGACAUGAGUAAAGUCCGACCAGUUGAAAUCCCAGAAGCACUUGGAGCGGUCGCUGCAGCUGUCUAUAUCCUGGCACUAAUGGCUUUUAUCCCUUUUGCUUUCUACAAGGAUAUCGUGGCGGCAACCUCCGGAGGCGGCAACCGCGAUGUCGUCCUUUCCGUGACUGAGGUAGAAACCGGCCGAUUUCUUCAUCGAUUUCCGCAUUCGAAGCUAUCUUCCUAUCAGUCCGCUCUAAAUACCCUCCAAGCAACAACAAUCCUAGGCAUGGCGGAUGACAUACUCGACCUUCGGUGGCGCCACAAGUUCUUCAUUCCCGCCAUUGCAUCACUUCCGCUUCUCAUCGUCUACUAUGUUGACUUUGGCGUCACCUCAGUUGUGGUGCCGAAUUUCCUGGUGCCAUAUAUGCCUAACCAAGCAAGACUCAUCCACCUUUCGUUCUUCUACUACCUCUACAUGUCGGCACUUUCUAUCUUCGCUCCAAAUUCAAUCAACAUCUUGGCGGGUAUCAACGGGAUUGAGGUUGGGCAAUCGAUCGUGGUUGCUGGUCUUUUGAUCGUCAACUCGUGUUUAUACCUGGUACCUUUCCCUGGCAAUCCAGUCCUCAACAGUGUCUACUCCGACCGCCGCCACCCAGCCACCGAUUCGCACCUGCUGACGCUCUACGUCCUCCUCCCUUUCCUCGCUGUCUCACUAGCACUCUACAUUCACAACCGAUACCCCGCGCGUGUUUUUGUGGGCGACACCUAUUGCUACGUGGCUGGGAUGACUUUUGCGGUGGUAGCAAUCAUGGCCCACUUCUCCAAGACGUUGCUUCUCCUUCUCAUUCCACAAAUUAUCAACUUUAUCUACAGUGUGCCCCAACUCUUCAAAAUCAUUCCCUGCCCACGCCACCGUCUCCCAAAAUUCAACGCUCGAACAGGCCUACUUGAGCCAAGUGUCACACCAUGGCCUCCGGAACGGCCCCCUUCGAAAUCUCUUACGGCCAUCUUCCUGAUCUUGGAAAAAUUCCGACUGUUACAAGUCACGGUCGACCCAAAGACGAACCGCAUCAUCGCGACGAGUAACCUGACAAUCAUCAACCUGUGGCUUGUAUGGCGUGGUCCGAUGCGAGAGGACCAGCUGACAAGAGAACUCUUGUUGAUGCAGACUUCGUGUGGGCUGUUGGGAUUGUUUGUCAGACACACUAUGGCUUUGUUGAUCUUUAGUGUGGACAACCGUGGGAAAUAUGGGCAUUCUUUCCCUGUUUAGCAAGCAUUUGGACGAAUUCAUCAUCGAGUACUAUCAAUAGAAUUGGAACACACGACUGAUGAAAACGCAAUAUAGAAUAGAGAGACUAAUGUUCCAGUUCUCCGCUCCAGAAUACCAGACUUUCCC